AUGGGGGCGAACGCCCCAGGCGCCUUCUGUUUCCAGGGCGACUCUGCGGGCAUGGAUGUGUUCCAGAAGGUGGAGAAGAUCGGAGAGGGCACCUAUGGGGUGGUGUACAAGGCCAAGAACAAGGAGACCGGGCAGCUCGUGGCCCUCAAGAAGAUCAGGCUGGAUGUGGAGACCGAGGGCGUCCCGAGCACCGCCAUCAGGGAGAUCUCCCUGCUCAAAGAGCUUAAGCAUCCCAACAUCGUCAGGCUGCUGGACGUGGUGCACAGCGAGAAGAAGCUUUACCUGGUGUUUGAGUUCCUCAGCCAGGACCUGAAGAAGUACAUGGACUCCACCCCAGCCUCCGAGCUCCCCCUGCAUUUAGUCAAGAGCUACCUCUUCCAGCUGCUGCAGGGGGUGAACUUCUGCCACUCUCAUCGGGUCAUCCACCGAGACCUGAAGCCCCAGAAUCUGCUCAUCAGUGAGUUGGGGGCCAUCAAGCUGGCUGACUUUGGACUGGCUCGGGCCUUCGGGGUGCCCCUGCGCACCUACACCCAUGAGGUGGUGACACUCUGGUAUCGUGCCCCCGAGAUCCUCUUGGGAAGCAAGUUCUACUCGACAGCUGUGGAUGUCUGGAGCAUUGGUUGCAUCUUUGCAGAGAUGGUGACCCGCAGAGCCCUGUUUCCUGGCGACUCUGAGAUUGACCAACUCUUUCGUAUCUUUCGGACCCUGGGGACACCCAGUGAAGCCAUGUGGCCAGGAGUCACCCAGCUGCCUGACUAUAAGGGCAGUUUCCCCAAGUGGACCAGGAAGGGGCCGGAGGAGAUCGUGCCCCACCUGGAGCCAGAGGGCAAGGACCUGCUCAUGCAACUCCUGCAGUACGACCCCAGCCGGCGCAUCUCAGCCAAGGCCGCCCUUGUGCAUCCGUACUUCUCGUCCACCGAGACCUCCCCGGCCCCACACCAGUGUGUGCUGGAGCGUUUCUGCCGCUGAGAAGGUGUGAGGCCUCAAAACCUCUCUCCAGCUGCUGCCCCCCUGCCUCCCCACUCACUUCCCAAGAAAGAAGACACAUCUGGGGGGGAGAGCAAUUUGGCAUCAGCCGUCAGAGGGCUGAGUUUGGGUUUGUCCUGCCAGCAGGUUAGCGAGUUCCUGUGUUUGUUGGGUUUGCCGGUGCCGUUUCAAGAUGGGGGCACAGAAGCCCCAUGCCCGAGGGGGUCCGUUAGAGGCUGGGUCCCCUGGCACCAGAAUGGCAGGUGCCGAGGAGAGUAGGAAGCCUGCCCGGGCCUCCAGUGAGGCCCUCCUAGUGCCCUUCAGCUGCCUGGCCCUCAGUUGCAGAGCCAGAGCCCAGGGGAAAGGGUUUCUCCUGGCUGGUCUUCCGGAUUUAAAAUGGUCUGGGGAAGAGUUGAGUUCCAGUUAAGAGUCCCAAGUUAAACAGGAAGCGGGCUGAGGGAGAGAGGACAUCUUCCUGAUCCUGGGGCAGGCCACGUGUUCUAAGU